UGGAGUUGGCCUUGUCGGGCUGACAUUGGGCCUUGGUGCGCUAGCUUUAACAAAAGCUGUCCAUUGGAGCAAGAGAACUCCACGGUAGAAAAGACAGAAUAGGAGACGCCAGCGAUUACUUGGGAAUUAAGCCGCCUUCCUUCCUGGAAAACUAGAAAGAAUCUGCCACGUCGGCGGCCGUCCGCCUUAAUCGUCAAUGACCCAAGUUCUAUAACUAUUGUCGGUGCGGGCUGACAUCACUCUCAUCUUUUUGCUGCUUACAAAGCCCAGGGAGAUACCGCGUUCACACACACACACACACACACACACAGAGAGAAGAGAGAACGCGGGGAUACCGUAUUCACACACAGAGAAGAGAGAAGGCGGCGGGAAUGGAGAUGAUGUGGGACUGGAAGUCGGUAGGGUCCCUCGUGGCGACACUGGUGGUCCUCCGGUCGGCGGUGCGGGAAUUCCUCCCGCCGGAGAUCCGCCGCUUCCUUCUCUCCCUCCUCGACCGGCUGGUGACCUCCCUCCAGACGACGGCCGCCAUCAUCAUCGAAGAGCACGACGCCUCCUCUUCCCCCAACGACCUCUACAACGCCGCCCAGACGUACCUAGGUUCCCGCUGCCUCGCCUCCGCCCCCGUCGUCACCCUCUCCAAGACCCGCAACUCCGCCCACCCGGUCCCCUCCCUUCCCCUCAAACACACCGCCCACGACUCCUUUCAUGGCAUCGCCCUUCGCUGGACCUCCCGCACCGAUGAGAUUCCCUCCUCCUCCUCCUCCCCCCACCGUUCUUCCUCCGAAAAGCGCUCCCUCGAGCUAUCUUUCCACCGCCGCCACCGUGAUGUCGUCCAUUCCCAGUAUAUUCCUUACGUCAUCGAUGAUGCCACCCGGCUCCGCCUCAAGGCCCGCGAGCGCCGCCUCUACACCAACCGCCCCUCCAUCCACGGCGACGAACACCACCGCCUCUGGACCUCCGUCCCCUUCGCCCACCCUGCCACCUUCGACACCCUCGCCAUCGAAGCCGCCCUCCGCGACGACAUCCGCUCCGACCUCCUCCGCUUCGUCGGCCGCCGCGACCACUACACCCGCGUCGGCCGUGCCUGGAAGCGCGGGUACCUCCUCCACGGCCCGCCAGGAACGGGCAAGACCAGUCUUGUCGCCGCCAUCGCCAACCUCCUCGAGUUCGACGUCUACGACCUGGAGCUGACCGCCGUGCCCUCCAACUCCCACCUCCGCCGCCUCCUCGUCUCCACCACGCCCAAGUCCGUCGUGGUCGUCGAGGACGUCGAUUGCUCCCUCGACCUCUCUGAUCGCAACCGAAAAAAGGACGCCCCCCAAUCCGAAACCGACCAAACGCCGUCGCGGGCGACAGCAGCGGGGCAAUGGAGCGCCAGCGGGUACGGCGGCGUGGGGAUGGUCAACCUGUCGGGGGUGCUGAACUUUGUGGACGGGCUGUGGUCGUCUUGCGUGGGGGAGCGGCUGGUGAUCUUCACGACGAACCACCCCGAGAGGCUCGACCCGGCGCUGCUCCGGCCGGGCCGGAUGGACCGGUCCAUCCACCUCUCAUACUGCGGGCCGGCGGCGUUUCGGGUGCUGGCGAGGAACUACCUGGAGUUGGGAGUGGAGGAACUCGAGGAGCUGAUGGCGGAAGCGGAGGCGCUGCUGUUGGAGGUCCAGAUGACGCCGGCGGAUAUCGCGGAGGUGUUCAUGGGCUGCGACGGCGAUCGCGCCGACGCCGCGAUGCGGAAGGUGGUGGAGGAGAUGCGGCGGCGGAAGGCCCUGGUGUUGGCGUCUCCGUCGCCGUCGGCUUUAGAUGGCGGGGAAGCCGGCGGGGAAGACAAAAAAAGCGAGUUUGGAACACCAACUAUUCGCGAAGAUGCAGCAGGUUAGGAUUCUGCCGCGCGCGCAGAAUGCCGUGCGACUACGGAUGACCACCAAUCUUGAGAUCGGUCAUCAAAUAAGGUGGUUUACGAAUACUUAUUGUAUCAUAUAGUGUAUAUGUUGUUUGAUGGCUGUUUUUCUUUUU